AUGACUGAGGCUAAAAUUAAAUCUGCAUAAGCUGAAGUAGAUGCUACUAUGCUCUUAAGAGAAACAUCAGAUAUUUUCUCUAGUUAAGCUGCUAUGUAAAUCAGAAUGCUAGAAAAACUCACUCAAAUUUCUAAAGGGGCUAUUAAAAAAGUUGUCAUGAUGGCUUUAUGA